AUGUCUUCAGAUGCUCAGUGGCUGACGGAGGAGAGGAGUGAAAUCAUUCCUGACCUGAAAGCAUCAGGGUGGGUGGACCUGAGUGAGAGAGAUGCCAUCUAUAAAGAGUUCUCCUUCAAAAACUUCAAUCAGGCAUUCAGCUUCAUGUCCCAUGUGGCCCUGCAAGCAGAGAAGAUGAAUCACCACCCCGAAUGGUUCAAUGUGUACAACAAGGUCCAGAUAACUCUCACCUCACAUGACUGUGGUGGACUGACCAAGAGAGACAUGAGGCUGGCCAAAUUUAUUGAAAAAGCAGCUGCUUCUAUGUGAUUCUCCCAAUGCAUGUCAGAGUCUUACAGCUAUCUUACCUGCAGUGGACAUGGAAGGCAACUUACGUGAACAAAUUAAGCUGUCAGUUCACUUUUCUAUGUUUUUGUAUAAUCAGCUCUUAAAUACAAAAUGAUUUAAACCU